AUGGCAAAAGGCCGAAGUGGAGCAGAGUUGUUCUGCUGUGACAACACCGAGUGCAACGCCGUAGUUGUCUAUUAUCCUUCCAAGCCUAGGGGUGAGACAACUGUGUGUCCAGACGACACAGCUGGCAUUAUCCAGGCGAUUGCUGAAAAGAAGUGGAACUGGGCCGCCAAACAAAUCAUAAGGCACAAGGACUUGUUUGGACCUCUCACUGAAAGCAUCCAGCAGGUCAUAGAGGAUGACUGCAAAAAGAUCUGCAAUCCAUUCACAGGCUUCAUGCUGUCAAAAACAUCUGCUGAAGAUCUGAAAGCAUUUUCCUUUGACAAAUUGCAGGAAGACUUCCAGCGCGUGUCACCAUUUCUUUUUUCCAUUUUUCUCACCAUCACCAAACAGUCUGCAAAUGCUGCCUGUGCUGCAGCAUCUAUCGCUCUUAAAGGCAGAGAUAACCGCUUAUCAGCCUUUGCUUACUAUGUGAACAAUGUCCUGCAGUAUGCUGGGGUGAAGAAGGCAGCAUUUAAAAGGCUUGGCAAGUUGGGCAUUACUACGUCAUACUCCAGUGCUAUCAAGAAGCAAAAAGAACUGGCAAAAACAUGUGGGGAGGACUUUCAAACACUGAAAGUAGCCAUCGAAAUCUGCCUCCAAGAGAGAAUGGAAGAGACCAGCAGAGCCACUGCCUUGGCUUCAGUUCCAGGGAGUGAAGGUUCCGAAGUGGCUACUGGGUCCAGCACACCAGAGACAGAGACACCGAAUGUUGCUGUGAGAGACCUGGAUGUAGCUAUGCAUGGCUUGAACCAGCAUGCAUUGUCAGAUAGCCAAACGCUAAGCGUUCAGGAGACCAUCACUGUCACAGAGCAGGAUACUUGCAUCACCACUACUCCAUCACAGGAAGACCAGCAGUUGGGAUCUGACGAUGUCACAGCGGUGUCAGUCUUCAGUGCUGUAACAGGCACUGAAAUGGUGGACCUGGGUGUAGCAGUGUUGCCCACAGAAGCGCCUUCAGAGCAAAGCUCUCCUCCCCCUAACCCCUAA